CCAGACUGGGUUGACGCAACCAAGAUCACUUCCAGCAGCAUUGCAGUGACUUGGGACAGUGUGCCUAGGGAUAUGACAAUGACCUACAAAGUCAAGGCUUACCCCGGCAACAAUGCCGCCGGUGUCGUGGUAGCAACCUGUUCGGCUGUAAACACUGGUCACCAACCGACCUGUUACUUGACUCAGCUCCAACCCGACACACCCUAUAUGAUCACCGUGGAGGCCUGUACAACACAACAUCAUUGUAGUCUUCCUUCCGAUCUGGUUGUCGGGCGCACGCUACCCAGUGUGCUACGUGCACGUAAUAUGCUCUCACUGCCUAGGAUGCUUGUGUGUGCAUAUGCUUUCGGAAGAAUUGAAUCUAGCAGUUUGAAUGCCCUGAUGGGUGAAAAUAUAAUGUUACAUAACCGACCGGAGACUCCAGCCCUUCUGGUUUACGUCAACAUGCCAGUUCUUUAG